CUCCGCCAUUUUUGACUGUAAACAUCCUGCCGAUUUUAAAAGGACAGCGGUGAGCGGGAGGAAGGCGACUGGCGCCAUCUUGGCUGUUUUAAUGAGUACAACAGGGGAGAAUUCGCUGGGAGAAAUAACAUAAUCAUUGGAUUUUCACUCUGAAAGGGGUACUGCCGGUAAACCUUACUGCAGUGUGAGUGUGUGAGCCAGGGGAACCAGGGCAAUGUUCUACGCCCACUUUGUCCUCAGCAAACGUGGGCCGCUGGCCAAGAUUUGGCUAGCGGCCCAUUGGGACAAGAAGCUGACCAAGGCCCAUGUGUUUGAAUGCAACUUAGAAAGCAGUGUGGAGAGCAUCAUCUCGCCUAAGGUAAAGAUGGCAUUGCGUACAUCAGGUCACCUGCUCCUUGGGGUGGUGAGAAUCUACCACAGGAAGGCCAAGUACCUUCUUGCUGAUUGUAAUGAAGCCUUCAUCAAGAUCAAAAUGGCGUUUAGGCCAGGUGUGGUGGAUCUGCCUGAGGAAAACAGAGAGGCAGCCUACAAUGCAAUCACCUUACCUGAGGAGUUCCAUGACUUUGACCAGCCACUUCCUGAUCUGGAUGACAUAGAUGUGGCCCAGCAGUUCACCUUGAACCAGAGCAGAGUAGAAGAGAUCACCAUGAGAGAAGAUGUUGGCAACCUCAGCCUCCUGCAGGACAAUGACUUUGCUGACUUUGGUAUGGAUGACCGAGAAAUGAUGCGCGAUGCCAGCACAUUUGAGGAGGAUAUCAUGCACGGUGCCACGGCUUCUAACCUUUUGCUAGAGGCUGAGCCUGGUCCGGCUAAUCUCCCUGACAAGUCUAACCACAUGGAAUAUGAUGACUUUGGGGAUGGCUCCAUGGGCAACAGUGAUGGUGGAAUGCUGGUUGAUAAGCUGCUGAGUUCUGAAGACGGUGGUGGUAUCUUCGAUGAUCCUCCAGCUAUCACAGAAAGUGUCAUGAUGCCUCCAGAUCAUGGAGACGAUGAGGACGACUUUGACAACCUUCAGUCACCGGGUCCAGACAGCCCAGACUCUGGCCCUGCAGAACAGCUGCCAGCAGUGGCUGAUCAGACAGAACAGACCACUCUGGUUCACAAUGAGGAGGAGGCCUUUGCUCUGGAGCCCAUUGACAUCACUGUGAAAGAGACCAAGGCGAAACGUAAGAGGAAGCUGAUUGUGGACAGCGUGAAGGAGUUGGACAGUAAGACCAUCAGGGCCCAGCUGUCUGACUACUCGGACAUUGUCACCACCCUGGACCUCGCCCCUCCCACUAAGAAACUUAUGAUGUGGAAGGAGACUGGAGGAGUGGAGAAGCUCUUCUCUCUGCCUGCUCAACCCCUGUGGAACGCCAGGCUGCUCAAGAUGUUCACACGCUGCCUGACGCCUCUGGUGCCAGACGAGCUGAGGAAGAGGAGAAAGGGCGGAGAAGCAGACAGUCUGGAUGAGUUCCUUAAAGAGCUGGAGAACCCAGAGGUGCCUCGAGAGGAGGUCAUGCACAGAGAUGUUAUUGACCAGACUAUCAUGGAGGAGCCUAGCAUGCUGGCAGCCUCUGCAAUGGAGGGCAGCAGGACGACCCUUGAUGAGACAGUCAUGCCUCCUCCCUCCAACCCACGUUCUGUCAAACGCAAGACCCUCGACAAAGAGGGCCCCCUUCCUAUGGCUUCAUUGGAGCAGCAGCAACAGGUGGCUGACCGCUCAGUCGUUUCUCAGAGGUUAGACAUGCCUCAGGUGGAUCUGCCUCCAGAGGAGAGCAGCGUCAACCUCACCCAGCUCGUCCCAGAGCUUGACCUGCUUGGUGAGAAGAGCAAAGACAAGAAGGAUGAUAGCGAUGAAGAAGAGGAAGAAGAAGGUCAGGCUGGAGACCAAGAUCAGGAGGAGAAGAGAUGGAACAAGAGAACCCAGCAGAUGCUGCACGGUCUCCAGCGUGUCAUGGCUAAGACUGGUGCAGACUCAGUCAGCCUGCUUGACUUGUGCCGGAACAACAACAGGAAGCAGGCAGCUGCCAAGUUUUACAGUUUCCUGGUCCUUAAGAAGCAGCAGGCCAUCGAGGUCACCCAGUCUGAGCCCUACAGCGACAUCAUUGCCACCGCUGGACCAAGAUUUCACCUUAUCUAGAUAUAGGAAGAACAGACAAACACUCUGCUUACAACAGACAUACUUUUUUAAUUACUCAAGUUUUUUGCCUUUUUAUUUUGUGUUUUCCUGUCAGCCCAUUUUGUUUCUGGGGAAGGGGUGGGAGUAAUUUGGAAUGGGUUGGAAUCUUUUAAAAAAAAAAAGGAUUUUACUGUACUACAGAUGGAAUCAUGCAGUAUUCAUUUGGUUCAAACGGAGUUAGGAAGAAUGUUUAACAAUUAUAUUUAUAAAGCAACCUUUUUUAGUCACCAAUUUGUAAGCUUUGCUUCAUUAUGUUUUGUAAGUUAAAUUUCCAUUGCUCAUUCCAUAAGUUUUGUACCAUUGCCCCUAUCACACCAGAAAUAUUGCAGAUUUUAGCGAAAGAGCCCUGUAUUUUCACAUGGAAUCCCAUAUUGACUCUUUACAUGUUCUGGAAAGGUACUGUUUUAUUGCUCAGAAGUGUAACCUCUCCUACCGUCUCCUUGUUGCACUUGUUCUUUCAUGAUAAAUAGAAAGGUUAAUCUGUCAAAAAUUGGUAAAUCUUACCUGGCAUUAAAUAUCAUGUUUCAGAUGUAUAAUUCAGGCAGUUUAUCAAUUAAGUUUUAUGUAAUUUUUUUAAUUUGUACCUUUUUACGUUUAUGCUUAUUCACCCUUUUGCAUUAUGUAACUAGGUAAUGUACUUGUUACAGUUAAGUUCUGUAUCCCACCUUUUUAGUCUUCUGGUAACUUCUAGUUGUGAUACAUCUGUAAAGAUUUGAAAUAAAGUGUUUUAAGUACUUGGUAA